AUGUUGGCGUUUGGCCUCUCCGUGUUGAGUAUCUUGUCACUAGGUCAUGCCAAAGUUGUCAGGUACGACGACAUCGUCCCCUUCGCCCAACCUGUACCGGUCACAAUAACAGAGAAGCGCGCUGUCGAGUUCAAGCCUCAAGUCCACACAAAUGGAGGCUGUUAUCCGUAUCCUGUGGUGGAUACAGACGGAAAUACAGGAGACUGUUUAGCAUCUUCCGGUCCUGACAGUAAGAGCUGUAAUGGACCCAGUGUUGGAUCCCAGGUAUACGGCCGAGCUAAACGGUUCACUGACAAGUGGGCGAUCAUGUACGCUUGGUACUUACCGAAGAUCAGCAACGGCUGGGGUAUUGAGUCCCGUCAUUUGUGGCUCGAAACAAUCGUCUGGCUCGAUAGCUUCGUCCUCGAGAGCCCGACGAUUCUAGCCGUAACAACCUGGCAUCAAGGCAAGUACCAGAAAUACUUACCCUCUCUUGCAGACACCCUAAACGGAACUAGCGUCAAACUUGACUGUACCAACACGUUGGAGUAUGGGUACAUGCUCGACGUAACAAAUAGGAUCGGUGAGACCCAGGACCUCAUUAUGUGGAACCAACUGACGGACGCUGCACGUUCGGCUCUCCAAUGGACAGACUUUAACGGCCUCUCAGCUCCCAUUAGCGACGGUAGAUUCGAAGAGUUGCUUGAGAAAGCAAAUAAAUAA